CGAUAUUUGUCUUCAGCCGCGGGCGCGAACCGGUACCUGUUGCUCGCGGGCCGUGAUCUCGUCCCCUUGUUCCCGGUUCCUCCUAUUCCCGGAACCUCCGGGCCCAGCAGCAUGACGUCUGCCUUGGAGAACUACAUCAACCGAACCGUUGCUGUUAUCACUUCUGAUGGGAGAAUGAUUGUGGGAACACUAAAAGGUUUUGACCAGACCAUUAAUUUGAUUUUGGAUGAAAGCCAUGAGAGGGUGUUCAGCUCUUCACAAGGAGUAGAACAAGUCGUAUUAGGAUUAUACAUCGUGAGAGGUGACAAUGUGGCAGUCAUUGGAGAAAUUGAUGAAGAGACGGACUCUGCACUUGACUUGGGGAACAUCCGAGCAGAGCCUCUGAACUCUGUAGCACACUGAAGACUCAGCAUGUGCUUAGAUGGCUGUAAAUCCUGUACAGAAACUACUUGUUCCGAAGAUGGUGUUUAGAUUUUUUUAUGAGUGUGUAAUUGUGGAUUUUGACUUUGUGUUCGUAUAUGGUGUUAUGUAAAUUUAAAUAUUUCUACAUUUUUAUUGGGAAACGUUGCCUAAAUUAAUAAAUGUGGUUGCCUCAUUUAUUUUUCUACUAAAUGAUAUAAAAAUCUAAGGAUCAUUUUGAAAACUUAGGAAAUACUAUUACUUUUGGUAAUUUACUAUUUAUGGAAAAUUGGCUGUAAAGAGAAUUAUUGUAACAUACGUGCAAAUAAUAGUAAUAAAUGAGACGUGUUUCUUUCUGUGUUUUUUUUU